UCCUGUAUGAGUUCAAAAUUCACAGUUAAGUUGUCUUCAAAGGCAUGUCCAACACAGUUUUGCAGUCAUGGGUCUUCCUUUCUGUACAAUAGAGAGAUUCACAAAACUAUCAAAAAAGACAUGAUAAAUUGUGUUCAUUAUCCAUCCUGUCGCAUUUGAUGGCAAUCCAGGUAUUAGGUUGUGGAAUAAAUCAAAAGAUGAAUGUUUACCUAUUUGGCUCUGUAAUGGUAGAAACAGGAACUAACUCGGUGGAGGUAUUUUCCCAUGAAAAUAGGAAUUGCUGACCUCUGUAGAGCCAUAAGGGUCAAUCAGUCAAUUUCUGAAUAAAAAGAAGAGCAGAGCAGUAAGCACCUGCUUCUGAAACUUAAAAGCAAAGGAAAGAUCCUGCUAAUUGAAAUGCAAAACUUGCAGGAGACAAAAGAGGGCAUUUGCUGGCUAGCAGAACUGUUUCAACAGUUUUUCCCUUUUGGUCAGUUUUCAGGCCCCUGGCUGAAUCACUGGUCAUGUUAUACCCAAAUAAUUAGUGUGAUAGGAUAGAGUUCUGCAGUCUUGACUUUUCUUUUUCUCUUGGCUGUUGGACUGCUGAGUCCGGCUUUCUGUAAUAGCUGCACAGCAGAGUAUUUGCACAGGCUGCCUGUGUACAGGAAUGGAGUUGAAGUGAACGCCUUUGUGAAUCUGGACCUCUAGGGCCACGAUACAACGGCCGCGGCUAUCAACUGGGUGCUGUACUUACUGGGGCAUAAUCCCGAAGCCCAGAAGAAGGUUCACAGAGAACUGGAUGAGGUGUUUGGUAACAGCGAGCGUCCUGUCACGAUGGAGGAUUUGAAGCAGCUUUGGUACCUUGAGUGUGUUGUGAAAGAAGCCCUUCGGCUGUUCCCUUCGGUUCCGCUGUUUGCCCGUACCUUGCGGGAGGAUUGCUAUAUUAAAGGCUAUCGGAUACCAAAAGGCACAAGUGUUCUCAUUGCAACAUACGUGCUGCACAGAGACCCGGAGAUCUUCCCUGACCCUGAGGAAUUCAGGCCUGAGCAGUUCUUGCCUGAGAACUGUAGGGGAAGGCACCCGUAUGCUUACGUGCCCUUCUCGGCUGGUCCCAGGAACUGCAUUGGUUUUUUUAAACAACUGAAACAGUAUUUUGAAGAAUUCAGGCAUGUACCAUUGUUCAAACUUUGGAUAGGACCAUUACCUGUCAUGGUUUUGUAUCACCCUGAUACUGUGGAGGUUAUUCUGAACAGUUCGAAGCACAUAGAAAAAUCUUACCUGUACAAAUUUCUACAGCCAUGGCUGGGCACUGGACUUCUGACAAGCACUGGAGACAAGUGGCGGACACGGCGGAAGAUGAUUACCCCCACGUUCCACUUUGCCAUCUUAACCGACUUUCUAGAAGUUAUGAAUGAACAAGGGAGUAUUUUGGUGGAGAAACUUGAGAAGCAUGUUGACAAGGAGCCGUUCGAUGUCUUUCUCGAUAUCACUCUGUGUGCCCUUGAUAUAAUCUGUGAAACUGCGAUGGGCAGGAAUGUGGGUGCUCAGGAGAAUAAGGAUUCUGAGUAUGUUCGUGCUAUUUACAGGAUGAGCGAUCUAGUUCAACGGCGACAGAAGAGCCCUUGGCUUUGGCCUGAUCGUGUGUAUGUGCUGUUCAAAGAAGGAAGAGAACAUGAGAGGAAUCUCAAGAUCCUUCACAGUUUUACAGAUACAGUCAUUGCAGAAAAAGCUGCAGAACUUGAAAAACCCAAGCAAGGGAAAUGUGAUGCUGAUGGCAACUGUGAAGGAAGUGGCCCCCAAAAGAGAAAAGCUUUCCUGGAUAUGCUCCUGAGUGUAACUGAUGAUGAAGGGAACAAACUGAGCUACAGGGAUAUUCGUGAAGAAGUGGAUACUUUCAUGUUUGAGGGCCACGAUACAACGGCCGCGGCUAUCAACUGGGUGCUGUACUUACUGGGGCAUAAUCCCGAAGCCCAGAAGAAGGUUCACAGAGAACUGGAUGAGGUGUUUGGUAACAGCGAGCGUCCUGUCACGAUGGAGGAUUUGAAGCAGCUUUGGUACCUUGAGUGUGUUGUGAAAGAAGCCCUUCGGCUGUUCCCUUCGGUUCCGCUGUUUGCCCGUACCUUGCGGGAGGAUUGCUAUAUUAAAGGCUAUCGGAUACCAAAAGGCGCAAGUGUUCUCAUUGCAACAUAUGCGCUGCACAGAGACCCGGAGAUCUUCCCUGACCCUGAGGAAUUCAGGCCUGAGCGGUUCUUGCCUGAGAACUGUAGGGGAAGGCACCCGUAUGCUUACGUGCCCUUCUCGGCUGGUCCCAGGAACUGCAUUGGUCAGCGUUUUGCACAAAUGGAGGAGAAAACCCUUCUAGCCCUCAUCCUGCGGCGCUUUUGGGUGGACUGUUGUCAAAAGGAAGAAGAGCUUGGUCUGGCAGGAGAACUGAUUCUUCGUCCAAAUAACGGCAUCUGGAUCCGGCUGAAGAGGAGACCAAACUCUGUAUCAUAAUGAAAGGAAAUUCAAUAUGUUAUUUUUCCAAAAACUGUUUAGGUUGGAGAAUAUUUUUAAAUCGGAUGUUUUGAUGGCAGUCCAGUUAGUGAGGCUUGGAAUCUUUUGGAACUAAAGUUGUUACUGAUCGUUUCAUCAAAGAUGAUGUGAUAGUCCUGAAGUGCUGUAGUCUUCUUAUGCAUGAGAACUUCAUGUUCAUUUUUAAAGUGCAAGUUUUUAAUCAUCAAAUCUUAGUGCCUCGUCUACUCAGAUGAAUUGCGACAAUGCAAAGGAAAGGAAAUGAUGGGGUGAGGAAUUGACCAGAUUUUACAGUGUUAGUCAAAACUCCAAACAGUGAAUGAAUGUACUCUUGCAUUUUAAGAUCCUGCAAGCAACAUAGAGAGAUUCUUGCUAGUUGAUGUUAAAGAGGAAUUGCAAUGGUGGACGUAAAUACCUCUGAAAAUUUUUGACUGUUCCUAAUUAGAUUCUCAGGCAGAAGCAAAAUGCUCUCAGCAGCUCUCUAAGAUGUUAAUGAUGACAGAAAAACCUAGAAUGUCUUCAGGAAGCAAAACAGCGAGUAUGUUGAGUAAUGUAGCUGAAAUAUUUUUAAAACAGUUUUGUUCACUACUUCUGCAACAGCCUCAGGAAGAUGCUCAAAGAUGUGGUUUUUUCCCCUGUUUUGUCAAUCAGAAUGCAUUCGAGUAACUAAAGGGAUAACUGGCAAGCCCACAGGUCUGUUUGAUUUUUAUUUUUUUUCCUUUUCCUUUGAGAAUGCAACAGUAGCAUGCCUCUACCAAGGCUGCUGUAUUUAUACCCCAUCAUACCACCCAGUCAAGGAGAUACGUGAUUUGUUCGUUCAUUCAAUAGAGUAAAGGUGUCAUAAUCUCGACUUGGAGUUCACAGUUAUAUCAAGAUGUCUCCCUGAGACAUUCACAGAACCUGAGUGAUUUCUUCCCUCCCCCCGCAUUCUGCCCUAUGAAGCUUUGUAUUUUGAAGAAGGAUAAGGCAACCACACAAUAGACAAAAGCAGACAAUUGUUAAAGAUCAUGUUUUCCUGAAUGUUCCUCUAGUUAUAUUGGUAUUAUAAUCCCCUUGAUUUAACCUGUGGAAACAUGUAAAAACAUGGCCUUAAUCCAUAAGCCUCAAGCUGUGCCUCAAGACUUUGAAGGCUCCUAGCUAUAAGUAGAUGACAUUUUGGCCUUUGGAAUAGAUGGGCUAUAUCUCAUGCAGAAUCAUCAGCUGGCUGUAGUUUUGCAUGUUGCGGCCCAGGUGCUAGAAUUGUCCUUCAGGUCAGGUCUAAAUCAACAACAAGCCCCACAGCAGUCUCCACGGCUUUUGCAAACACUGGAGAAGAAACUAUUGCUGGACCAAACUGGGAUCCUCCCACCGGUCUACCCUUCUGCUCUAUGCUCACACUUUUGGGUGGUGCGUGUUACCCCAGCAGUGACCCCCGGGACUGCUAAAAGGAGGGCCUGCACAGAUAAGCUUGUUUAUCUUUUAUCUGCUGAUGCAAAUGCUGUUCUGACCCUCCUUAGUGAAACGAUCUGUCAAGAGCCUUCAUCCUUGCUGUUCCCUGGAUGGUGCCUCCCAGCCAGUGGGAGAUGGUGCCUACUGUGGCCCAGGGGACAAGGCACAGCACAGCCAGUUGCUAGGUGGUGAUGGAGGUCUUGCAGGGAGCCACAGGAGGAGCCAGCUCUUAAUGGUUGUGGUGGUGUGCUCCCUGAUGGAUCACUGGUGGCAGUGGUGGGUGAUGAAGCCGAUUGCAGGUACCAGCCCCUGCUAUCCCCUGCUGGGAAAUGCUCCGCUGUUUGAGCGGGAGGGAGACGGUCAGGGCAGCUCACCCUGUAGACCAGCUGCGAGGUCCCUUCGCUGUGUGGGGCUUCGCUGCAGGAGCCAGGCCUGGUGAGGGCCUUGGGUGGCAGAGCUGUGGCUUGCUGUGCAAGUCGUAGUGUGUGCCGUUGCCUUUCGGUCACUUUGGGGCUGUGGGCGAACUACAGAGAAAUUGGAUGAGAAGCUGGAAGCCAGAGCUGGUACAGCUAAUACUAGCCUGGUCCACCUCUAAUGAUUAAUGUCUUAGAAAGUAAGAAAAAUGUAAUCUGUCCUAACUGCUUUUGAUUUUAUAGAUUCUCUUCUUUCUUCUGUUACACGCUUCUAAUAAUACAGAGUGGUUCAAUGUACUUCAUAAAACAUUAGAAUAGAAAAAAAAAUUCCUAUGUUUUCUGAGUAAAUUAAAAAUUUCCUUGAACUUGCUGUACUCUUUAUUUUGAUAACUUGGUUUUGCCUUUUUCUGAAGAUUUUACAAAAAAAAUGUUUUACUAUCUACUUUACAUAAAUGAAAUCACAGAGCUGGACAAAUAAUUUAUUGUAAUUGCUACCUUUCUAAGCUCUAAAGAAAACUAAAGUGAUAUAACAAUGAUAAUAUAACUUUUUUCACUUCAUUUUCAAAGGCAGUUUUUGUUGUUUGGUAAUGGUGAGAAGUUAAUUUUACAGGGUUGAUUAUAAAAAUAAUUUUCUUUAUGAAAAGGUGACUUCCAGAGACAACCUUCUUAUGCUAAUACACAUAAAAACAAAUAACUCAUCUUGUGUUUUCCCAAGGGAUUCUUUGGUAAAGAAUUAGUUAAAACUUCUGGGUACUUGAUAAUGUGAGCUUUGCAGGUGUACAAGAUUUGCAUUCAGAAUACAUUUUCUCAGGACAUUUGGUAUCUAUCUGAAAACUGGAAUGGUACCUCGUGUUUUGUUGAGCCCUGUCCUUAAAUUGAGUAUUUUGAAGACAAAUCAAAUCUACAGUUAGUUCCUUUUCUUCUGAGAGAUCUAUUUUGUGUACAAUUCUUAAAUUAACAAAACUGUAGCAUUCAUUUCCAUAAGGAAGUAAUUUUUGUGACACCUGUCUACAACAGACAUUAGUUUUGCCUGUAUUUGCUUUAUUUUUGUUUCAUACUUCUAAUGUACCUCAAGUAAACUUUAUAACCUCUAAUAGGAAUACCAAAAAUAAUUUAGAGAUGCAAUGCAGUCUUGCCAAGUUUCCUGAUAAAGUAAGGGGAUAAUAAAAUAUUGUGUAUUGAAAAGUAUAUGUACAAAGUAAUUGUUCAUGGUUGUUUGCUGAUGGCUAGCUAUCUCAUGAUGCUUAGAUCUAAAGACAGCGGGUGAAUUCUAAACCCAAAUGUUCCUACUGAGUACUGGUUCAUAGGGUAGUCCCAAUGAUGCUAAUGAUGGGCAGUGCUGGCUCCAUUUCUGAAAUACAACUCUGCCUUACCAUAAGAAAUGGAUAGCCUGGUCUCAUACAGAGCACCCUUCCUUAUGGUGGCAGCAAGGGCAAAACUUUCUACUGGAAUGACCUAAAAGAGUGUGCAAGCUGUUCAGGAGCAUGGCAUUUAUGGUUGUUAUGAAGAAAUCUGUUAGUAGACCUUCUGCAUGGCUUCCUAGGCAGUGCUGCCUGAAGGUGCUUCCAGAGCUGCCUCAGAGGUCCUAGAGGUUUCCAGCCAUCUUGACACAAACUGUUUUCUUGGGCCCCUGACAGUUGCAUGUAUGGGACAUGUGCAGGAGGUGGACUAUUGAUGGCUAACUAGAUAUCCUCCCGCCUUCCUGAAUUUUGUCUGCGUGCACCAAAAGACAAACACCCUUGUGGAGAUGUUACUACCUUGCUGCAUACAGAUCCCCUUGACAUGCAUGAUUGAACAUGGUAUCUCACUGUUACUCUUCUUCCAGCAAGUAAAAGACUCAACCUUUGGAAAAUCCCUAUCCAUUUCCCUUCCUGAAAGCAGUAUUGGUGCCAUCCUUUGGCAAACCUGUGAAUGCAGUACUACCUCUCUUCAUAGGUCAUAUUUAGAAGAUUACCUUCUCAGGUUGUAUGAAUUAGAAACUAAACUAGCUCACUUUUCUUUUUAAACAAAAUUUUAGAUUCUUCUGAAGGCAGGAGUUCUCAGCUAAGUAUAACUCCCAUCUUUUCCUGGAUAAGUGGGCUUUUCUGGUCUGUGCCUGGAAUUACCAUUGGCCAAGAUUCACAGGGCCUGGUCAAGUCAAUGGGAACCUCAAGUUGACUGAAAUGUUCUGUCUUGUCUAAUGACUAAUAAUGGCCAGCAUCAGUUGUUUUAGUUGCGAGAAGCCAGGACUUGGGCAGUCCUUGGAUACUCUAUAAGAAAAAAAUCAGAAAAGCACUUUUACAAAUCAGAUCCAGUAGUGAUUUGUUACCUCAUGUAUUUACAACUCUCUUCGAUGUGUUCUAUGAUCCUGAAUUUGGUCUGCAUUGAUUUCUUACCUGACAACUGAUGUACUGCCAUUUCUGGGCUGUAUUGCUAGGAAGACUAUUGUGGACGUGUUUAAUUGCAGGAGAUGUGAGUACUAUGCUAUCAGUGCUUUUAUUUUAGUAGAAUGUGAAAAAGUGCAAGAGUUGCAGCAGUUCUGAGUGGAAUUGAGUCAAACAGAAGACAGCUUUGGACAAGUGAGAAAAUUGAUUCUUCACCCAAAUAAUGGCAUCUGGACUCGCAUUCAAAAGGCUCCAGAUUUUUCAUCAUAAGAAGAAAAGUUUAAGAUUUUAUUUUUAGUACUUUUUCUUGCAGCAUUUGGUAUUUCACUCUCUCUUUUGUCAUAUGUAUGAUAACUAUACAGAAUAUACAGAGAAUAUAUUAGAAUACUUAGUAUUUUUUCCUACUGCAGUAUUCAAAGCCAUACUUACGACAUGAUUAUAGCAUCCGAAGUGUGAUGUUGAAAUGCGAGUGUCUUCUCUUCUUGCUGUUUCACUGGUAUCUUCCAUCAUUCCCUCUGAGAUGCUAUGCAUUUUGUUCCACCUAAAAACUGAUGGGCAUCUCAUCACAAAGUAGAUAUUUGCACUUUUUUGAGGUAUCUCAUUUUCCUCUUUCAUGUUGAAGUUGCCUUUUGAGUAGGACUGCAAUAAAAAAUAUGAGACUUUGUUUUGGCAGCCAGAAUUAGACCUUAAUCAGACCAUAGUAUUGUCCAGUCGUUCAUUUCCUGAGGUGAAACAAUUUAAUAAUUGCUGAUACCAGCUGCUAUGAUUUUUCUUACCUCAAUUACUGACAGAUGAGAUUUUGCUUACGUCACACAAAUCAGAAAGUAGCAUGAAGCUAGUAGGCAGCUACACUGCUAGAGAGAUUUCAUCUUAAGGAACGUGACUGGUUAGGCUGAAUUCUUUUUUGCAUGUGUGUGUGUGUGUUUACCAGGUCAAAAUGAAGCAGGAGAAUCAAAACAGAAGCAAACACUCCAUUUUUAUUUCAUCUGAUUCAUCACAGUUUUGUAAUUGUAUCAUCAAAAAUGUUUCAUUUUUAUCACAAUAUUUUGGUGAGAUCUUCCUUUGACCUCAAAUUACUAUCUGUGAGCUGCCAUAUGCUAGCUUAGUUUCUAGAAUAUUAUUGGUGGGUAAGUGAAUCUGAUAAGGGAAAUCAGAAAACUCGAGUCUUACAUGUAGCCUUUACAAGGCUAAAGAGUUUUUUAUGUGGUUUUGGAACUAUGUACAAUUUUAAUUUCCAGCUGCCCUCCUACUAUAUGUCAGAUUCUGUCUUUGGAUUUCAGUGAAGCUCUGUAAAUUGAUACCAGCUGAGAAUGUCUCAGUGUAUUUAAUAAUUUGUCCUGUAGUAAACAUUUUUUGUUUAAUUCAUUCAGGAAUGUGUAGUUAUUAACACAUUCUUUUCUCUUGAAUGGAAGUACAGCUCUUUUGAUUUAAUUGACAGUGCACUGAUGUAAAUAAGAGUGAAUUGGUCAUGUGAAUAGCAAUAGGUCCAAUGAAAGAAAAUGCAUUUAUUUUUCAAAGUGAAUAUGCUCAUUAGGAUUCUCUUUGAUUAUCAUUGCUACCUUAGUUUUUAGUUUCACCAUCAAAUCUCAUUGAUAUGUAUAUAAAUCUAGUUAAAAUGAUGCAAGUUUUUGGGAGGGGUGUGGUAAAUAAAUUAAGCAACUGCUGUUUUAA